GCGGGGGUUGAUCCCUUUAAAAAAAAAUCUCUCUCCGUCAAGCCUGGCGUGGAGUUUUUUUUUGUUGUAUUAUUCUCUUCAAGGCACGAAUUUGCCAGUGACACCUCACGUGAACCUCCUUCAAUUUCGCGUACUAAUCCUAAAAGAAGGCAUGAAGUGUUAAAUGUUAGAAACACACAGAACCGCGUGCAGACAAGGAGAGAGAGGGCGAAAAACGAGAGAGCGACGCACGCGCUGUUCUAGUGCGUCUGUGCAAACACUGCGUUAAAGAGAGAGAGAGAAAAAAGAUCCAAUUUCAAAAACCAAAAACGUGCGCAGCACAAUUAGGCUAGAAAACCCCUUGUUUUUUCCACAUUUUUUAUUUUUAUAAAAUAAAUAAAGAAAUCAAGCUGGCUCAGUGCGUGUCACCGCAGCCCGCUUUGACAGGUGCUGCUCAACCCGUUUGGAGGACUGCUGUCAGCAGCAGCAGCAAAAGGAUGGCAUCAGAACUGGCAAUGAGCAACUCCGACCUGCCCACCAGUCCCCUGGCCAUGGAAUAUGUUAAUGACUUCGAUCUGAUGAAGUUUGAAGUGAAAAAGGAGCCGGUGGAGCCGGAUCGCAGCAUCAGCCAGUGCAGCCGUCUGAUCACCGGGGGAUCCUUGUCUUCCACCCCGAUGAGCACGCCUUGCAGCUCGGUUCCCCCUUCCCCAAGCUUUUCGGCGCCCAGCCCGGGCUCCGGGAGCGAGCAGAAGGCUCACCUGGAGGAUUUUUACUGGAUGAGCGGCUACCAACAGCAGCUGAAUCCCGAAGCGCUGGGCUUCAGCCCCGAAGACGCGGUAGAGGCGCUGAUCAGCAGCAGCCACCAGCUCCAGUCCUUCGAUGGCUAUGCAAGAGGGCAGCAGUUUGCCGGGUCGGCCGGGACAGGAGGCGGCAUGGCCGGGGAGGAGAUGGGCUCAGCAGCCGCUGUGGUAUCGGCUGUUAUCGCUGCAGCAGCAGCGCAGAACGGAGGUCCCCACCACCACCACCACCAUCACCACCACGCCGGGGGACACCACCCCUCCACCGGGGUCCCGUCCAACGCUAGCUCGGCGGGCAGCCACCAACACAUGGGACACCUGGACCUGGACGACCGGUUUUCGGACGACCAGCUGGUGACCAUGUCAGUACGGGAGCUGAACCGACACCUCCGCGGGGUCAGCAAAGAGGAGGUGAUCCGGCUGAAACAGAAGAGGAGGACCCUAAAGAACAGAGGCUAUGCCCAGUCAUGCCGAUACAAGCGGGUCCAGCAGAGACAUGUUCUGGAGGGUGAGAAGACGCAGCUGGUCCAGCAGGUGGACCACCUCAAGGCGGAGAUGUCGCGGCUGGCCAGGGAGAGGGACGCAUACAAGGACAAGUACGAGAAGCUCAUCACCAACGGCUUCAGAGAAAACGGAUCCAGCAGUGACAACACCCCCUCAUCCCCAGAGUUCUUCAUGACGUCGAGAAAGUUCCUCCAUCUGUGAUAGUGACCCCUGAACCCUGCCCCCUGACCCUCGACCUGGAGUCUGAGAAACCAUGACAGAGGAAUGGUGAUGUCUUACCAACGUCGCUCCAUGGCACCGGACUGCGACAAAGCACAACGUCCACACAACGUCUCCAAACCACCCAUAAACCAACCAACAAUCCCUGUACAGAAGUCCAGACAAACCCAGUCACCCAACACUUUGUCUUACAUGACGAGAUUAUUGACAGAAACAAAUGACAACAAAACCUAACACCCAAGAAAAAGACAUGUUUGAUUCAACUACUAAAACUCCUGGAUUCCCUCUUCCUCUGGCAUCACCAGUAGCUACGGACGCAAUUCUGACUCAACAUGACAAAGAUACAGUACCUCCUCAUUGUAAAUAGCAUUUUGUAGAGUAUUCUAUGUAAUAAUAUGUAGGUUGGAGGUCUUUAACUGUAGAGGGGAGAAGCAAUGACAGCCAGUCCCAUUUAGCCUAUGAUGUGAAUGUAAAUAAUAUACCGCAGGGCCUCGUAUGAAACAAAACUACUGCGUCUGUAUAUAGCCACGAAACCAUACCUCUAUGUAUAUAGGCAUUACAUUAUACUUCCUUAUUUCUCCUACCCCCCUUCAAUCCCCCUAAACUAGCACAAUGAUACUCACCACUCCCUAUAUCUCUGUAGACAGACAUAGAAUAGAUAUAUACAGGAGGAGACUAGAGACACAGAGGGAAGAUACACAGUGUGUGAUGCAGGUGGCAACACACUGGAGUGAAAAACACAGGCCCACUUUGGCUGGAACUGGUGAACUCUCCCUGCCACAAAGACGGUCAGAGGGGAUGUGUUGCCACUUGGACCGUCUCUCUUCUCCUCUCCCUUUAGUGUUAAACUACCACAGUUCAACCUGUAGCCACAGUGUAGCUAUUAGAUAAGAUGAAUUUGUACAUGUAUUUUACUGCUUAGUGAAGUGAUGGGUCCAGUUGAAAGGUUUGGCAGCUUUCUACAGUCCACUCAAUGUACAAACUUGAUUGGUUUUCAUCUCCACUCCCUCCCCCUCCAUUCCUGAUUGGCUAGUCCUCCUCGCUCCUCUAGUCCUGAUGAGGCUGUUGAUAGUCAGUGGGAAUGUCCAUCAGACGGCCUGCUGGCCCGAAGGCCUCUCUGAGACCAGGCGCUCGCUUAGCUCCCACAGGUUGGCUGCAGUGGCCUGGUCUUUGGGCUGGGGGGAGGGUAGGCAGCAGAAUUAGUUGUUGAAGUACAUGCCUCCGAAACCCUCUACUGCACAGUACACUGUGGUGGAUGACCCCUGUUGCUGUGAACUCACAGACAGAGAGAAAGAGUGAGAGAGAUACACACACAACAUGGAGGACCCUGAUCAACAUUAUCUUUGUGGGAGGAGAGGACCAUCAGAGAGAUACACAGAAACCCUCCCGUCUGCCAAGAGACAAAUGAGAUCCUGCCACUCUAAAGAUGCUGCCAAGACCUCCACCAGAAUAAACACACAUCUGGACUCAGCGACCCCCCCCCCCCCCCACCACCACCACCACCACCAUAUUUCCUGCAUGACCCCAGAGCAUCUGUACGAGACAGAGGAGGAACUCCAUACAAAUGGAGAGAGACAGAUAGAGAUAUCGAGAGGAUAAACCCCAGAGACACCCCUCUCUGCCACAGCCCAUAAUGAUGGGACAGUGUUACCAUGGGGACCAUGGCCCUGUAUAUAUAUUUAUAUACAUAUAUUUAUUUCUAUAUUGUGUGUGAACAGGACUGCUAACUAUCCAGAGUGCAUGCUGAUGUAUAUGUGGUAAAUACAAUGCUAACUGUCCACAAAACAGCACAGAUCUCCGCAAAAAAUAUGAAACAUUCUAACAUUUUAGAACGUCACAAUCUCCAUGGUGACGACUGUUCAUUCAAAUUUAAAGCAAAACACACCAAAAUAUGUUGGGCUUCUCUAUAGCUGCAAUAUUUGGAUGUUAUUUUGUGGAGGUUUGCACACCGCAAGGGCUGUUUUCUGGACAGAAGAUGUGGCCCACGGUGUUCUAGACUGGGGAGGAGGGAGCAGCUCUUCUCAUUGGAGUGGAGAGCCAGAGGGUUCUAUAAAUAGACUGUAUAAGAGAACAUACAGUAUAUAUGUGAUGAUUACACAUCUGUUUAUGUUCACAUCAUCUAGGGAUUCAUGAGGGAAGUCAGACAUUUGGCUUUUAUUUCAGAGGUUUGCCAGGGUAAAGAGAAGUAUACACCCCUUAAGAGUAAUAUGUUGAGAAUAGUGCUCUUGUAAACACACACACACACACACACACACACACACACACACACACACACACACACACACACACACGCACACACAUGCACACACUCGUAAACCCCACUGCCCCUUACCCGUCUCUCUUCUCUCUCUUAAAAGGAGCAGACAACCCUCCCUACCCUAUACUCUCUAAUUAAGUGGGAAAUUACUUCUGUAUUUCUCAGUUUAACUCAAAUCCAGUAUUCCGUAGUCUGUAGUCAAACUGUACUGAGACAUGCCUCCCUAAUUACCGUCACAGUCGGUAAUUAGGAGCGGAGAGGGGGAACGAGAAGGAGAGAGAGAGCGACAGGAAGAGAGAUUCCACAGCAUUUGAAACAGACGUCAGAGAGAAUUACAGCCAGAAGUCAGGCACUCAGAGGGAUCUUUCAUAUAGCCCUGCUGCUGGCUAAAAGCUGCUGUGACGUUGUGAAAAGAGAAGAGACUGUUCCGGAGCUGACUUCUAUAGACACACAUUAAAUAGUUAUCCCUGGCUCACUGCUAUUUAUCUACAAAUGAGACUGGUGGAGAGCACUGAUGAAAGACUGCAGAGCACUGUUUAGUGCAGUGCACUGGCACAGCAGCAAAAGUCUGUACACACACACACACACACACACACACACACACA